AUGUCGCUUCCAUCAGGCCGCAGAAAAGGGCCGCGGAAACAUGCUCGGCGUCGAAAGUCUCGCGUCAAGAAUGGGUUCGCUUCACCUAAAUCGCCUCAAUCUAUUUUAGCCGAAGUACGAAGAAAGACCUUUUCGAAAGCGCGCAAUCAGGGCGGACUUUUCGGUACUACGAGCAGCCCUGAUGCCGAGCCCGCAAGAAAUCGUGGUAGUCAACAGUCGUUAAAAUAUUCGAAGUUUGUUAGACUUCCUGCUUCGACAGAACCUCUCGAAGAGAAUUGCUUCGAUAGGGAACCGUUGCGGGAUAACUAUGUCUUUGUGCCAAAGGGCGAUGUUUAUAUCACGCGGCACUGUCGAACUCAGACCAAAGAGUCCAGUCGGAUAGUCUAUGUCGUCUAUGACAACGCGGGAAAACGAAAUAUUGGCCUCCGCGUUCCGAACGAUGUGUACGCUGCUGUUCUCAAAUCUGCUGCCGCAACUGCUGAUUUGCGUGCUCAUGCUGUCAAGACACGAGACGAAAAAGACCUGUCGCGAGCUCGGCAAAUCCUGCGCAACAAGUUUCCACUCAUGCCAGCUGAGUCCCUGGAGACGAUUGUUGAUCACGCUUUCCUGAAGUGCUCUGGACGAGUGGGAAGAACGACAAGGAAAACAGACGAACAAAAAGCCAAUUUGGCUGUGGAAGCACACAUCAGGCACACACAUACGCCUUACGAAACCCUUCUUGGCGCGGGAAAAGCACGGCAAGAAGCCAGAGAAGCGGUUUGGGGUAUGGUGCAAGCCAUAAAAACUGCGUGGGAGGGUGCAAACGCUCAGUCCACAGAUUCUUUGCCCCUGCGCAGUCGUGCUGAUGGCCAAAAACCGACAAGUCCUGCUGACGAGGUAAUCUGGAUUGAUUGA